CUCUGUUUUUCUAAGUCAGUGUCAGACAAAAUACAAGUAAUAUCACGAAAAUUAUUUUUAAGCCGAAUAAAAACUUGAUAGCCUUAUUAUACAUUUAGGUGAUAUUACGCAGUUAGUUGAAGAAUACAGUGAAUAUUACUAGUUAAAAGUGCAAAAUGUCUAGAAAGCCGAGAUCCGGGAAUAAGAGUAAUUUGUCUCAGUUUGGUCUUAUAGACAUACCAGAUAUAAAUGAUGAUGAUGAGCCCCUGGACUUAUCAGACGAUGACUUUGACUUGGAAGCGGAAUUGGCAGCUAUCAGUGGUGGUGGUGGACAAAGACAGAAACCGAGGAAACCCCCUCCGGUGCCCGCAGCUAACUUGGAUGCUAUGAUAGCAGAGAGCUUGAAAGACAUACCUUCUGACGAUGAGGGGUCUGGAGAUGAUGACGAUCCAGACCUUCUCAACGAACUGCAAUCCUUAGCCAUAGAUGACGAUGAAGCGCCCGCCCCUCCGCCCCGCACGUCACGCCCCGCGCCACCUCCCCCUGGAGCUCCUCUCAGCACUGACAGUAGUACCAUCAGCUUGCUACAGGACAGAAUCACUAACUACACAGUCGCUGAAAAGAAUGCAAAGUCGAAUGGAGAAAGCAGUCGGGCUAGAAGGUUUGGACGAGGUCUGAAAACAUUACAAGACCUUCUAAAACAGGCUAAAGCUGGCAAACCAAUUAAAAAUGAAGACAUACCACCCCCGGUUGCGGUGGGGAAACCAGCAGGUCAAUCAGACGCUCCUCAACCGCCAGCAGCAGAAGCUAGCCCCCCAGAACAACCUCUCAUAGAUCUGGGACCUCCAGAACCUGAACCGAGUCCUCCCAGUCCUCCAGAACCUACACCUGUAGUCCCAGAACCCAGUCAGAGCACAGGGAAUGACAGACAAAGAGAGUUGCAGAUUAUUUUGAAUCGCCAGGCAGAAUUUAAAGCCGAAGCUCUAGCUGCCAAGAAGAAUGGAGACAAAUUCUUAGCUCUCGGUUUCCUAAAGGUGACCAAGCAGUUCGACACAGUUGUGGAGGCUCAUAAGAGUGGCCAGGCCAUGGACCUUAGUGAACUGCCCACCGUGGCCAUGAUCAGGGCAUCAUUGGAACAGGAGAGGGGUCAGCAAGGACAGGAGUCCAUGCAAACUUCUUCUGCGCCGGCAGAAGACACAAGUGGCGGUGGAGGUGGGGGUUUGAUAAUGGCAAGCACUUUGGGAGAGGGGCUGCAUCAGAGGUUGGAAGCUUUUAAAAAACAAGAAGCGAAAGCGAAGGAAGAAGGCAAUUCUUCAAAGGCUCGUCGUAUGAAUAGGAUUAUCAAGCAAUAUGCUGAUGCCAUCAAAAGGCAUGAGGCUGGUCAUCCCAUUGAUGUGGAGGAACUACCAGCGCCCGCUGGAUACGGACCGUUACCUACUGGGAAUGCUCCAAAACCCUCUCCAUCGCCUGCGCGGGCGACCCCAGCGCCCUCCGAGCCGAGUCCCAGCACUGGGCAAAGCGCACGACGCGACCAAAUAGUCGCUCUACUCAUCAAAAGACAGACACAGUUUAAGGAAGCAGCUCUUUUGCAUAAGAAGAAAGGCGAAGUGGAUAUGGCACUACAGUACCUUAGAAACGCGAAGCGGUUCGAUCCACUUAUAGAAGCGGCGAAAGCUGGGAAGACGAUAGACUUGAGCAACCUGCCUGCCCUGCCCCGACCUACAACAAGCAAUAAAGCGACAAUACACACAGAGGCGUCUGGAGACAGUUCUCUUCUUGACAGCUCUUCGACCGAUGAACCUUCAGGGGCUUCGCAUGAUGGCUGGGUGGAUGUAGGAGCCAUGGUCGGAGGAACCAGUGAAGACGGGUCCACCAGCCUCUUGAACCAGUUGGAGUCCCAAGGGAAAAUGGCCAAGGAAUACAUGAAGCAUUGUAAGAAUAUGGGUCAUGUUGCCGAAGCGAAAAUGUAUGAAAAACUAGCUGAAACGGUAAAGGAAGAUCUUGAUGUAUUAAGGGUUGCUGUGUUAAACAAUCGAGGUCUACCCAAUUUCCACUACGUGACAAGAGAAUUUUCAAUCACACAGUGCAAUACAGACCUUGGCGUUAACGAUUUAGAAUUGACAAUCGUGCGAGGCAUCGCUUACAACGUCGCUAAGGACAUCGAUACCUACGUUAGAUUCGAGUUCCCUUUUCCACAGGAAGCGCCAGUAUCAGAUAGAACAGAUGUGGUCAAGAAUUCAAACAGCCCGGAGUACAACGCGGUAUUCCCACUGGCCAUAAACAGGAACAGAGCGUGCCAGCGAGUGUUCAAGAGACACGGCAUCAAGCUGGAGGUCUGGAGCAAAGGCGGCUGGUUCCGGAGCGAUACUCUGCUCGGCACCGCCAACGUCAAGCUCGCCCCGCUACAGGAGACCGUCACUCUACACGAUUCUUUUCCUCUAUACGACGGCAGGCGGGCAGUGGGAGGGUCCUUGGAAGUCAAGGUGCGCGUGCGCACACCCAUAUUACAACAAGAAGUUAAAACUGAAAAACACCGCUGGCUGGUACUAGAUGAUGUCUAAAUAUUUUCUUAAGACGCGACGAACAAACACUGAAUUUCAGGUUUUACAAAAACUUAGAAAUAUACUUAAUAAGUUACCUAUGCAAGGUGUAGCAGAAUAAAUGCAAAAAAUUGUAAGUGCUG